UUCUUCUUCUCCAGAUCUGUCAAAUAUAUGUAAAAAUCUCUUGCCAUACACUGGCACCACCGUCAGUCAUGUCGUCAUCACGCCACAUUUUCAGCUGACGACUUACCCAGAGAAGACUGUUGGUUGUUUAAAGCCAGGCCAGACGCUUGGGAGUUAAGAGUAAAGAUGUCAUCAGGCGCCCUGUUUCCCAGCCUGGUCAGCAAUUCCAGGGGAAGCUCCAGCAAGUAUCUGGUGGAGUUUCGUGCUGGUAAAAUGACCCUGAAGGGGAACACUGUUACACCAGACAAACGCAAGGGGACGGUGUACAUCCAGCAGUCCGAUGAUUCCCUGAUUCAUUUCUGUUGGAAAGACAGAACCACGGGGAAUGUUGAUGAUGACCUGAUUAUAUUUCCUGAUGACUGUGAAUUCAAGCGAGUCAACCAGUGCACGACUGGUCGUGUGUAUGUGUUGAAGUUCAAGGCUGGAUCCAAACGGCUAUUCUUCUGGAUGCAGGAGCCGAAAAUGGAGAAGGAUGAGGAGUUCUGUCGUAAGGUGAACGAGUUCCUGAACAAUCCUCCAGUUCCUGGAGCAGCGGGCAGUGGCGGGGGCAGUGGGCAUGAGCUCUCUGCACUUGGAGGAGAGGGAGGCCUUCAAAACCUUCUGGGAAAUAUGAGCCACAACCAGCUGAUGCAGCUGAUUGGACCAACUGGUUUGGGUGGACUGGGAGGCCUGGGAGCUUUAGCUGGACCAGGACUCGCCAACCUGCUGGGCAGUGGAGGUCCACCCACUAGCAGCUCCUCAUCCAGCUCUCGUAGCCAAGCCGCCUCUGUAGCCACUCCUCCAUCGGGUGGAGGUCCCAGGCUGAGCUCUCCUCAGGUCCCAACCACCCCUGCUCCACCUCCAGUUGCAGCUUCCUCUCCCACCAGUGUUACCCCCUCCACACCAGCUCCAGCUCCCACACAGGUGACUCCAGCCUCUGUUGGAAGCCCCCCCCCACACCAGCCCAUCCAGCUCAGUGACCUUCAGAGCAUCCUCGCUAACAUGAACGUGCCAGCAGCAGCAGCUCAGGGGGCACUGGUGGACCUGGCUACUGUGUGCACCCCAGAGAUGAUGGCUCCUAUCCUGAGUAACCCUGACAUCCAGCAGAGACUCCUCCCAUUCCUCCCCAGCGGAGAAAGUUUGCCUCAAAGUGCCGAGGAGAUCCAAAACACGCUCACUUCCCCUCAGUUCCAGCAGUCCAUGAGCUUGUUCAGCAGCGCCUUGGCCUCCGGGCAGCUCGGGCCUCUCAUGAGUCAGUUUGGUCUGUCAGCAGAAGCUGUGGAUGCUGCCAAUAGGGGAGAUCGUCUGUACUGUCCUACAGUCUGUACCAAAAGCAAUGUCCCUACUCAGGAACCACUUGGCCAGCAGAGCUUAUGAUCACGGUUCUGGUUAGCAUGGAGGUGGUGGUACUGGAGUCUGAGUCAGGCCCCAUACCUGCAGCUCUGGGUGGAUAACUUCUGAUUACAAUAAAAACAUAAAAUCAUUA